AUGGCCCUACGGAUUCUACAGACGAAUCUCAACCACUGUGCUAGGGCUCAGGAUCUCUUGUUCCAGUCCCUGGCACAGUGGAUGAUAAAUGUCGCAGUAGUGGCAGAGCCGUACACGAUCCCUCCCCGUGACGAUUGGUUGGGAGACGACGACAAGAGCGUGGCACUAGUGACACGGGCGGCGGCGGGUGGUCCACCGCCGCCUUCCGGUGCCUUCAAAGGAAAGGGCUACGUGGGAGCGCUCUACGGGGGGAUUUGGUUCGUGGCGGUGUACUUUUCGCCAAACCGCUCCUUGGCUGACUUCGAGCAAUUCCUGUACGAGGUGGGGGCUCGGGUCGGCCAGCUUUCCCCGCGCCCGGUAAUUGUUGCCGGAGACUUCAAUGCCAAGUCCACGGCUUGGGGCUCUCCGGCCACAGAUGCGCGAGGCGCAACCCUGGAGGAGUGGGCGGUCGCGUCAGGGCUGGCAGUUAUUAACCAGGGCACGGCUAACACGUGCGUGCGACAACAGGGGGGCUCCAUCGUGGACAUAACUUUCGCGAGUGCUCCCCUGGCGCGCCGUGUUCAGGGGUGGGAAGUCUUGGUGGGGGUGGAAACCCUAUCGGAUCACCGGUACAUCAGGUUCGAUGUGACACCCUCCCAGACCCAGAACAACCCACAGCGUACUGGCCCAGCCGAGAGCGGCCCGAGAUGGGCAUUGACAAAACUCGACCGCGAGCUGCUAAAGGAGGCGGCCAUUGUGCAGGCUUGGCUGCCCACGCCGGAAGGAGCGUUGGAGGUGGAGGAGGAAGCCUCUUGGCUCCGGAGGCCAUGA